GUGGCAAUUAUCAUAAGCAUCGGUUUACAAUUUUUAAACGUGAUCUCCAAGUUAGAGAGGAAUGAGCAUACGUGAUGACUAAUUUCUAUUGGUCAACUGUGGUCAAUGUGGGGGGUUGUACAAGUACUGAGACUUUAGGACCUCGCAGUCUCACUGAGACCUCUCGGCCGAUCGUAUCCACCGAUGCAUCUGAGUUAUUGAUUGCACCACAGACAAAAACCUCAACACUCGUCUUAUAACCGAUGUCAUUGCGAAAUCCAACAUUUUCUCAGUGCAACAGUGUUGUAGUUUUGGACAAUACAUAAGCAGUGUUGCGUAUCCAUCGUUCGGAUUAAAGUCCUUCCACCAUAAGAAAUUCGUGCUUCUCCUUCAAUUAUAUUUCUUGCUUACAAUGUAGAGAAGAAAACCAGGAGUUAUCAGGGAUUAGUAAUAAACCACGUUAUCGAGUCGUAAAAUACUUGUUCAAAUCCAAGAUAAAGAUCAAAUGAGCAGCGUGUGUGUUUCUGUCGAGUACGGCCUUCGCUUGGUCGGCAUAUGGCCGGGCACGUCGUAUGCGAUUUUACGCAAGUUCUUUUAUAUAUCCUUGAUGGCGAUAUUUCAGAUUUUGCAGUAUCGAUACUUGUUUUUAAACUUCGGCGAAGAUCUUUCGCUUCUCAUGGACGUACUAAGCGCGAAUUUGGCUUAUAGUCUCCUGCUUAUAAAGCUGAUUAGUUUUUCGUUAAAUACUCGUUUGUUCGAUGAAACCAUAACGUGCAUGGUUGAGGACUGGAAGGAACGUGACAUUUCUGACAAGCACACGAUGACCAGGAUGGCUUGCAUCUCUCGUCGAUACUCCAAUUUGAUAAUCGUCUUGUACGCGAUGUCGGUGUGGUUCUAUGCGACUGGAACUCUGCUGAAGCACAAAAGCGACAAUCAGUCCGACGUUCGAGAGCUCCUCCUUAAAAUGGAAUUGCCCUUUGCGAUUGAGAGCUCAUCAGUAUAUACAGCUGUCCUCAUUACGCAAUUCGUUCAUCAAACGAGCGCAGCUAGUAUGGUGGGCGUAAUAGCUUCUAUGCUGAUAAUAUUGGUUUUACACGCGUGCGGACAAAUUGAUAUAGUGCGGCAAAAACUGAGUGAAAUCACGCGGAAUGAUAUCAAGCCAAGUGAAGCAGAAAGCAUCAUGAAAACGUUGAUCGUUCGACAUCAAAGAAUUAUUUCCUUCUCCAAGAACAUCGAGACUCUCUUCUCAAACAUUACGCUUAUACAGUUCGUAUCGGACACUCUGCUCAUCUGUUGCUUGGGAUUUCUCAUCGUAAUCUCUAUUGGUGUCUCAGGCGGAUCGACGAUGUUAAUAAAGUCCGUAUUAUUUUACCUUGUCAUUCUCAUGGAAGCAUUUAUAUCUUGCUUUCUCGGGGAGUAUCUCAGUACAAAAAGCAAAACGAUCGGCGAUGCAGCUUAUGAGUCACUCUGGUACAACCGGACACCAGCACAAAAUCGGGAUCUCCUCCUCAUGAUCAUGAGAUCGCAGAAGCACCUGUCGCUCACGGUCGGGAAGGUCGUGGAUCUCUCCUUGCAGCAAUUUGCCAGUGUACUUCACGUGGGUGGUCAGAUCGAUAUUCUUCGGGGAUGGUUGUUGACAGCAUUCUCUAAAAAUUCGGCGCAAUCAAUGAGUGAAAUUACGUUGCGAUCACUAAUCACGAAGCACCAGCAGAUUAUCCUAUUUUCAGAGAACAUCGAAGAUCUUUAUACGUACGUUGCAUUAAUGAUACUCUUAUCAGACACGUUCAUCAUAUGCUGUUUAGGAUACGUUGUCGCCACUUCGCUCGACACACCCAAUGCUGCCGCGAUUUUGAUGAAGUCCUUAGUGUUCUACAUCACGAUAAAUCUUGAAGUGUUCAUAUACUGCCUCUCCGGGGAAUAUUUGAGUGCUAAGAGCAAAAUGAUCGGAAAUGCGGCAUACAAUGCUCUCUGGUAUGACAUCCCCACUAAACAGAGUCGGAUUGUAUCGUUUAUUAUCUUAAGAUCACAGAAAUUAUUGACGAUUACUAGUGGAAAGAUCAUGGAUCUGUCUUUGGAACGUUUCACCAGCGUUGUAAAAGCAUCAGCAUCAUAUUUGUCGAUGCUACUGGCGAUGUAUUGAAAAUUAACAAUGUAUAGAUAGUGAGUGCAAUAUUGUAAAGCAAUAAUGUGAACAGUAAAAUUUAGUAGCAGAAUUAAAAUAUAUGAAGUUCUAAAU